AUGAGAGAAAGAAUCUGCCCCAGAUUAUUAAAGUCUUCAAAGCCAGAAGUGUGAUGUCAUGGCUUCGGAAACUUCUGAUUGGUUAAUUGACACGUUUGAGUUAAUUGGAGUCACACCUGUGGAUGGAUUUUAAGGCCACACCUGGAACACUCUGCUUUCUGGAUCGACACGAUGGGAAAGUCAAAGUAAAUCAGAAAAGAUAUCAGGAAGUGAAUCACGGAGCAACACCAGGGCGGUUCUUCCUGGGGGACAGAAGAUGGCGCCGUGUUCAGCAGUAAAGCGCCGUGGAGUCGCGGUAAAGCGCUGGAAUUGUAGUAAAACUUUGGAGUUGCAGUAAAGUGCUGGAAUUGUAGUAAAACUUUGGGGUUGCUGUAAAGUGCCUUAGAGUCGCUGUAAAGCGACAUGCCGUUGCAGGUUCUGGCCCUGUAAGUACUGGGAGUUCAGAGGUUGUCGUCGGGCUGUGAGUGCAGCUGCUCAGAGAUCUUCACACCCGGACUGAUGACGGACGGGAGACGAGCCGAGCCGCUGACGGAACACAAAGAAUGUCUCAGUCCGACAUCCACAGCAGCUGGAGAGGACAAAGCGCCACUCUGACUGAAGAGACGGGGAGAGAUCGGCCACAGCAGCAGGCUGCCAGUCACUUCACCAUUUCAGGAGCUGCUGUUUGUGUUUGCGGAAACAGAAAAGAGAAUCCCAGAACCGUCUCGUCUGUCUGGAUCUCUGUCAAAAUGAAAGUUGGAGUGAAGCGACCUCACCUGUUCUCAGCAGAGUCACGUCUGCAGAUGACCUUUGAGGCGUCGAGCAGCGUGACCCUGCUGUUCGACUUCUGGAACGUUCAUGGCCCUGCAGGCAUGGUGCUGUCGGUGUUCAUCGUCCUGCUGCUGACCGUCGUCUUUGAAAUCCUCAAAGUGUGGCGGGUUUGGCUGAGCAGCGGCUCCCGGCUGGCCCAGCCUCCGUCGGCGUACGCCGCCGCGCCGUCCGGCCGCACGGAGAGCAGCUCCGCGCUGAACGCCAGCCCCUCCGAGUCCUCGCUCACCCCCACAGAGACCCAGCCGCCCAGGAACAGCUGGCUGCUGCACGUCAUCCAGACGUGCCUCCACGUCCUGCAGGUGACGCUCGGCUACAUGCUGAUGCUCUGCGUCAUGUCCUACAACGUCUGGAUCUUCCUGGGCGUCGUCCUCGGCUCCGCCCUCGGCUAUUACGUUGCCUUCCCUCUGCUGGGCCAGAUGUCUCUGUACGGCCGGGUCCGGCACUGAACAGGUGAACGCGGCGAUGAAAAGCCACUUUCUCUUGACUCCACUGCAUCAGCGCAGAGAGCUGCCUCACAAUGACUUGCAGAAACUCACUUGGACCUGGAAACCAGAACCGCAGGAGCUGACCAGGAAGUGUUUAUCAGGCCAGAGUGGACGUGAGCACAAAUAAUGUGGUUUGUCUGGCUGCAGGGCUGAUGGGUUGUUCUGUUAAAACAUAUCAUGUCAGGAGGUGUGUGUGUGUGUGUGUGUGUGUGUGUGCGUGUGUGUGUGUGUGUGUGUGAAUAAAAACAGCUUCUCCUCUCUGCCUCUCUGUUUUGGAAAUAAAAGCUAAUGUCUGCAAUCCUUAUAGUUGGUGCUGUUGUUGUCCAAACGUUUCGUCCUGAAGGCCAAAACUGGCUAAUUUAAACAACAUGCAGGCCACUUUUUCACUAAAUUAAAAAUGCAAAAAGUAAUCAUGUUUUUGUUCUACCUGCUUAACAAUAAACUAAAUUUACAUCCACAACACAAAUGACCUUCAGGCUUUUGACUUAUUAAAAGAAAAACAAACAAUUUACAAUUUUUUGGGGUCAUUGAUUGUUUUCUAUUCCAUUGGCCAAAUAGUUGCCAUCCUUCACUGGUGACCAGGAGCCAAACAAAAUCAUUUCAAGGGUCACAAAUGGCCCCCGGGCCACACUUUGGACACCCAUGCACUAUAGUAAAGCUUCAACACUUUGGUCAGAAAUCUGCCUCUUUCAACAGAUUGUUUACAAAGCAGAUACUUUUUGUGUUUUUGGUUUUUGUGCGUGUUGCAGAUUUUCAGUGAACUCAACUGAAGUGUCCUGCUAAUUGAGGAAACAUUUUUAGUCUGGAAACUCCUCUGAUGAGUCACUUUGGCCAUCAGCAGUCACAUGCUCCAUUUUGUUUUGUUUUUUUUGUCCGUCACAAACUGCUGUUGCCUUGAAGCCGUUUGUUUUUGCUUGAAAUGAAAAACUUUUUACAACCCGUAUCUUCAAAAGCUUGUGAUCAGUGUUUGUGAUUCUAUAUUUGUGGUUUUGUUUGAAUCAAAAAUAAAGAUUAAAGCUACUGAA